AUGGUGAGGAAGAGCAGGAGGCGGGUACUGAGGCGAUGCCAAUCACUUGCUCCUCAAAACACUCCACCCAUGUCUCGGCUUUCCUGGUUUCCCACUCGGCGCUGGCCCUCCUCGUCCCUGUUGCUGCUCCUGGUGGGGCUGCUGAGCAGGGAACCAGUCCUGAGGGUGGGUCUGCAGGCAGUCCACACGCUGACUUGUCCUCGGUGGGGAACGCCCGGAAAUCGAGGGCUUUUCAGGGAUGGAGAGAUUGUCAUCGGCGGUCUCUUUCAUGUCCAUUACACGCCUCCGGCCAUGGACAACGACUUCACUGACGAGCCACGCUACAAAGAAUGCACCGUUUUAGAGCAUCUCCCAAUGCAGUACAUCUACGCCAUGGUCUUCGCCGUGGAGGAAAUAAACCGGAACCCCACCUUGUUGCCAGGCAUCCACCUGGGCUACCACAUCCGCGAUAGCUGCGCCUCGCACCCCUGGGCCACGCAGGCCGCCCUCUCACUGGUGAGCGGGGACAGCAGCAGCUGCAACCCUGAGGACAUCACGGAAAAUUCGACAGGUGUUCCCUUGAUCAUCGGUGGGGCUUCAUCCAAAACCUCCAUAGUCCUCUCCAGAGUCCUGAGUCCACUCUCUGUGCCUUUGAUGAGCUACCAGUCGAGCUGCCCUUGUUUGAGCGACAGGCGUCAGUUUCCCAACUUCUUCAGGACCAUCCCCAGCGACAUCUACCAAGCGCGGGCCAUCGCCAGUCUGGCCUUAUACUUCAAGUGGACCUGGAUCGGCGCGGUGGUCGCCAACGACGACUACGGUCUGGUGGCAGUGAAGUUGUUCCAGAAGGAGACCCAGGGGUCGGGGGUGUGUUUGGCCUUUUUGGAAACUCUAAAUAGGCCAAACAUUGCGAACGAUGCCAGGAGAGCAGCCCUCGCCAUUAAAGCAUCGAGCGCCAAAGUGAUCCUUGUUUUUUCCUGGUACACGGAAGUGAGGGAGGUGUUUCUGCAACUGGCCCAGAUGAAUGUGACUGACAGGCAGUUUAUAGCCAGUGAGGCAUGGAGCACCAGUGGCAGCCUUCUCCAAAAUCCCGUCACCUCAAAAGUGGCGAGUGGAGUCCUCGGCAUAGCCAUACGUAGCUCGCCGAUAUUGGGAUUUGAGAAAUACAUCCGGAGUUUGACCCCACUCCGUCGCCCCGAUGACGACUUCUUAAUGGAAUUCUGGGAACAGGAAUUUGGUGGGGAGGAGUCCCUGGAGGUGGUAGAUAACAUAUUUACCGACACCUCCCAGCUACGACAGGCCUAUAAUGUCUAUCUGGCUGUUUACGCCGCAGCUCACGCCAUUCACAACCGCCUCGCUUGCCCCGCCACUACCUCCAGGGACCGCAGCUCCACCUGUUCCUCCACCAAGGAUGUCAAACCUGCUGAGCUUCUGCAGCACUUAAACAAGGUCAACUUCACCACGCCACAGGGAGAUAGGCUUUAUUUCCAAGGGGGUGACGUACCGCCUAAAUACGACAUAGUCAAUUGGCAGAAAACCCCCGAAGGCUCCCUGAAACUCGUCCUGAUCGGCCACGUGGACGGACACGACGUCCAUCUGAAUGACACGGCUGUCCAGUGGAGCUCAGGAUCCCUUCAGGUGCCUUCUUCGGUGUGCAGUGAGAGCUGCCCUCCCGGCACCAGAGUGGCCAGCAGGAAAGGAGAACCUAUUUGCUGCUUUGACUGCAUUCAAUGUGCUGAUGGGGAGAUAAGCAAUACAACCGGGUCAUCCAACUGUGAACGUUGUCCAGUGGAAACUUGGUCCAAUGCGAAGAGGACAGCCUGCAUCCCUCGCCAGCUGGACUUCCUGUCCUUCAACGAGACUUUGGGCAUCACCCUGACUACAGUAGCCGUGUCGGGCACCAUGGUGACCACUGCUGUCUUUGUGAUCUUUCUCUACUACAGACACACACCUGUGGUCCGAGCCAACAAUUGCGAGCUGAGCUUCCUGCUCCUCUUGUCCCUCAAACUCUGCUUUCUGUGCUCGCUGCUCUUCAUCGGGCGUCCAUCAGCCUGGGCUUGUCGCUUCCAGCAGGCUGCCUUCGGCAUCAGUUUUGUACUCAGUGUAUCCUGCCUCCAAGUGAAAACCAUCGUGGUUCUGGCAGCGUUCCGCUCAGCCCGUCCUGGCUCCGGAGCCCUGAUGAAGUGGUUCGGCCCGGGCCAGCAGAGAGGGAGCGUGUGCGUGUUCACUUGCAUACAGGUCAUCAUCUGCAUUAUUUGGCUAUCACUCAGCCCUCCCGAACCUAGACCAGACUUCGAUACCCCUGGGUUAAAGGUCACUCUCAAGUGUGCCAUGGACUCUGUGGUAGGGUUCUCCCUGGUUCUGGGCUACAUCGGCCUGAUGGCUUGCAGCUGCCUCCUCCUGGCGUUCCUUGCAAGGAAACUUCCGGACAACUUCAACGAGGCCAAGCUGAUCACCUUCAGCAUGCUCAUCUUCUGCGCCGUCUGGGUGGCGUUUGUUCCCGCCUACGUCAGCUCGCCGGGAAAGUACGCCGUCGCCGUGGAGAUCUUUGCGAUUCUAGCCUCCAGUUACGGCGUGCUAUUCUGUAUUUUUGCACCAAAGUGUUUUAUCAUUCUUUUGAGGCCUGAGAAAAAUACCAAGAAAAACAUUAUGGCCAGGUAGCAAAUGAGCUUUGUAUGACCAAAGUAUAUAAUUUUUUCUUAUUAUGUGGUAGUCUGCGAUGUGACAAGAUGUUUUGGACCCAAUGCUUUCUGAUACAUAUGUAACCCAAAUGUGUUACUGUCCAUAUGAAAAACAGAAAUAAAUACACAUGGAUACCAUUAUCUUAUUUUAA